AUGACAACGUGGAUGGCGCUGUUCGGGCUAGUAUGGCUGCUACGCGUGCGGGGUUCGCUGUGCGGCUGCGCGGCGUGCAAGCGCGCGCGGCACGAGCACGACGCGCCGCCAGGCGCGCGCGCGCCCAGCCCCGACGAGCGCGCGCCUUUCGACGUCAUCACCCUGCAGCAGUACACGCGAGACGUCACCGUGCAGACCGACUUCGAUGAUGAAGACGAUUUGGAUAAAAUCGAGCUUCAGAUCACGGAAGACUCAAACGUUAGCAACUUCGAAGGCGGGCGGGAGCAGCCAGCGCAAAGCCCGGAAAGCGCCCGUCGCGGGCCAGGAAGCUACCAGCCAUCUGAUUCCGAUAACGAGUCCGUGUGGGAGACGUCGGACGUGACACUGGAGCGCGGCGCCGGCGGGCUGGGGCUGAGCAUCGCGGGCGGCGAGGCCGGGGGCGACGUCAGCGUCACGCGGAUAGCCGAGCACGGCGCGGCCAGGAAGGAUGGCCGGUUGCAAAUUGGAGAUGUCUUGUUACAGGUUAAUGACGUUUCGGUGGAGAAUGCCCCUCAUUCUGUAGCCGUUGAUGCUCUACAAAAGGCUGGGAAUGUUGUAAGAUUACGGGUCCGUCGAGCGCGGAGGCCGCGGGUGGUGACACUGUGGCGAGGGGCGCGGGGCCUGGGCCUCGGCAUCGCGGGCGGAGCGGACGACGCAGCGGGCGGCGGGGGCGUUUUCGUAUCGCAUAUCGCGGUCGGCGGCGCGGCGCACCACGACGGCAGACUGAGGCUAGGUGAUAAGAUAUUGGCUGUUAGGGAUGAAGAUGGUAUAGAAACGUCACUAAUAGGGGCGACACACGCGCAAGCCGUGACAGCCCUGCGGAGCACUGGCGAGCAGGUGACGCUGGUCGUGCUACCCGCUGGCUCCGUCCCGCCCGUGGCCAGAACAGCUCCGCUUUACUCUACUAAAACUCAAGCCACGUCGUGUUCCACGCUUCAUGAACUUUUGGAAGAGGAGCCGAGUGAAAUCCCGAGGUGUGUGCGAAUGGUCCGACUAGUCCGUUCGGGGUCCCGCCUCGGUAUGGACAUAGUUGGCGGGCUGGGCGGGGAAGCGGACGCGGCGAGCGGCGUCGAAGACGAUGCUUGCGGCGUCUUCGUGUCCGGCGUGUCGGUGGGAGGGGCGGCGUACGGCAUGCUGCAUCGGGGCGACAGGAUUCUGAGCGUUGACGGACGGGACUUGACGCGGGCUACGCACGAACAAGCUGCGGCGGCGUUGAAGCAAUACUCUGGCGUAGCGGUGUCGAUAGCGGCGCAGUACCAGCCGGAGCAGUACGAGCGGCUGCGCGCGCGCAUACGAGCGAUCAACGCCGCCGCCGCCGCCUCGCCGCACGCGCACCGCCACGCUACCCACGUACCUGUGCAUCCUGAUUUACACACCGUGUACCCGAGGUAGCUGGUGACAUAAUUGGCUGUGAAAUCGACUAUUCGAAAUGGAAGUCGAGGGACGAUAAGGAUAUUCAGGUUAUUUCCACUUAAGUAUUUUAAAUUUAACAGUUUUGAAAUCAGUCUUGUAAAUAUUGUUACAUAAUUGUGUGUGUCAAAUGUGGGGAAAGGAUCUUAGAGCAGUACUUGUAGGAAAUAAUAAAGCUAUUGUAUUAUAAUAACUGGCUUGAAUUGGCUUAGGAUAGGGUAGAGUGGCGAUCUCUUGUGUCGGAGGCCAAGAUCCUUUUUGGGUCACUGAGCCAAUGAAGUAAGUAUUAUAAUACUGACGUCUCAAAUUGUUUCACGCAUGAAGAAUAGAGAUAAAGGAGCAACCUCUUUAUAUAUCA